AUGGAAUUACCACCAGUUCUAUCAACGCCUAGUGCUUCCGAUGUUUACCAUAGAUUGUUUGAUCAUAGAGCUGCCAUACAAGGAGAAAUAAAUUACUUCCUGGACAUUGUUGAGGAAAAAGAUGAUGGCCUUGUAAGGAUGAAGUCCAUGCGAAAUACACUCAACAAUCUUGACAAAAAUGUUUUUCCUUCAUUAAUGAAUUCACUUGAGCUCCAUAUGAAAUCUUUAAAUGAUUCAAGUAAAAUCGUAGGUUUAACCAAUGACGUUGAUCAUCUCAUGACUGAAGUUGAUAAAAUAGAUUAUGAAAAGAUUUCAAACAUUGAAAAUGUAAAGUCUGAAAGCAGAAUGCUGUUAUUUGAAAAAGAAAUAGCUGUCAAAAAAGAAAAUAUUGAUGAAGAAUAUAACAAAGAGUUGGAAAAAUGUAAGAGUUACUAUGACCAACAAGAAAAAAUUCUGAAAAUGUCAGCCUGA